CUAUCUAUCUAUCUAUCUAUGUAUAUACAUCUAUAUCACCUUGACCCGUGUUGCAAUCAAUCUAUCAAUUACUAAGGAUCAGUUGUAUUUUAAGUAUAAAUAAUAAUAAUAAAGUAAUAAUUGUAAUAUUAAUAGUAGAGGGAAAAACAAUGAACAAACAAGUGCAAGAGAUAGCAAGGAAUUGUAACAAGAUACCAGAAAGAUACAUACGUAAACAAGAUGAAGAAUACGGUGGUGGACAUGUUACCAACAAUACGGAUGCAUCCUCCCUACCAAUCGCACAGAUUCCUGUUAUUGAUUUCAGCCUCUUAACAUCAUUAUCACCGGUGGAACUUGACUCACUUAAAUCUGCUAUCACCACCUGGGGAUGCUUUCAGGCAAUUAACCAUGGAAUCAACAGUUCAUUUUUGGAGAAGGUUCACGAAAUCACCAGACUCUUCUUCAAAUUACCUGCAGGGGAGAAGAGAAAAUACCUGAGAGAAGAAAAUGAUGUUGAAGGCUAUGGGAAUGAUAUGGUUCUCUCAGAUCACCAGACUCUUGACUGGACUGAUAGGCUUUAUCUCACUGCUCUUCCACGAGACCAACGACGACUUCAGUUUUGGCCUCAAAGUCCAAGUCACUUUAGGGAAGUUCUUGAUGAAUAUAGCUCCAAAGUAGAGUUGAUAAAUGAAAUUGUCCUUAAGGCCCUGGCUAGAUCAUUGCAUUUGGGGGAAGAUUGCUUUUUGAACCAAUAUGGGACAACUGCCAAGAUGCAAGCAAGAUUUAACUACUACCCUCCUUGUCCAUGGCCGGAAAAAGUGUUGGGAGUUAAAGCACAUGCUGAUGGUUCGGCCAUCACAGUUCUUUUGCAAGACAAAGAGGUUGAAGGUCUUGAUAUUUUGAAAGAUAAUCAGUGGUUUAGAGUUCCAAUUGUUCAUGAUGCUCUAACCAUCAAUGUUGGUGAUCAAAUAGAGGUAAUGAGUAAUGGGAUAUUCAAGAGCCCGGUGCAUAGAGUGUCAGUAAACUCACACAACGAAAGGAUGACAGUAGCCAUGUUCUGCAUGCCUCAAACUGAAAAGGACAUUGGACCCGUUGAAGGGCUCAUCACUGAAGAAACACCUAGGCUAUACAAAAAUGUGACAUUUACUCUCGACUUCUUUUUCAAGAAUUACCAGCAAGGUAGGAGAGCAAUCGAUGCUUGCAAAAUUUAACUACGUUCAGAAGCUGGUCUCUUAAAGGGCUCUGAAAUCUUUAUUUGUUUAAGCCUGAUACAUCUUUCAGGUGGUUGGUUUUCUUGAUUGUAGCAAGAGAAGAAAAAAACAUAUAAACAAGUUUCAACUAAAGUUGCAGAAAGUUAGACUUCUUUUAGUUUUGACUUUAAUUUCAGACUUCAAUGUUUGUAUCAAAUAGUGAUUUGUCUUAAAAGUUAAUAAAAUUAGGAAAAAUUUAAUUUUA